GACUGCUCCAAUUCCAGCUUCACAGGGUAGACUAAGGCUGGGGGAGGGACUGGUACAGUUUCUUGUUCCAGCUAGUGGGUGGGAAAGCAGGUUUGAGGAGGAGCUACACCCAGAUACCGCUAGGGGCUCAGCUGCAUUGAGGAACAUGCAGAACCCCCAAGAGCUUUGGUCCUGCUGCCCUGGCCUACUCCAUUCUGCCUGGAUCUUACCUGCUGUCCCUGGUUUAAUCACUGGCUCCCAUGUGGCCCUAAUGUCAAGGUGCUGGGGCCCAGCAGGGGUGGAAAGGGGGCCAUAAUCCCCAAAGCUGAAGUGGGUGGGGUGUGAGCAGGCAGACACCUCUGCUAGCUCUGUGCCAGGCUUGUGAGUGAAGGGGUUGCAAUUUGGCAGGGUGCCAACUUCCCUCGCUGUCCCUGACAGUAGUCAUCCUGAGCCCUGUCCUGCCCUGGGGAAAGAAUGGGCCCCUCUGUCCACAGGCCCCUCCAACGUGCUGAGCAUCCAGACAUGGCGAGGAGCCCACAGGGUGUGGGGUCUCCUCUGUGGGGUCCUGCUUAUUGCCCAUUUCCAGUGGGCAGGGUGCACAAUGGGGCCUCUAAGGACUGUUCCCGCCACUGGCCCCAUUGUUGCAGUCUCCGCCUUCUGCCUCCCUCCUUGGCGGCAUCUCUGCCACAUAAAGGGCCAGUGAGGUUUGGUACAGAUAAAACUAGAGGCCUUAGGGCUGAAAGCCUUGGGUGGGGGUGUGCUGGGGGUUGCUCCAGAUGAUCUGAUUCCUUUCCCCCAGCCCCUCAGCUCCUGGGAAAGAGACAGCCAGAGCUCAAAUGCUAGGGGCCCCCUGACGAAGUGAGUGCCAGUGCUGCUUUUUCAUCCUUGCUUGUUUGUCCUCACUGGGGAAAGGGUCAGGGGUGGGUUGGAGGGCAGAGGGUGGAGGCUCUACCCAGGCCCAGACCGGAUGAAGCCCUUAUCUUCAGGCAAGAAGCUGAGCCUGGAAAAGGGACAGUCUGUGUAGGGCCCACAAACAAGGUCCUUCCUCCAGAUUCAGCCAACAUAGGCACCUAGCCCUGAGAGCACGAGUGGUGGGUCACCUCUAGCACUGUUCUGGAACUUCCAUGGGAGACUUGUCUUACUGCUGCACACACGUGGGGGUAUGCAGACCACUUGCCUCUUGUAGGUGAUGGCAAAAGUACUCGUGGGGAGUGUAGCUUCCCUGGAUAGCAGAUGCUGCUAGGUUUCCUCCGCCUGCCUCUCUGCAGGGUCCCUGCUGCUUCCUCUAAUUUCCCUAAACUCCCAACCAUGGAGUGCUCAGAGCUCAGAUGGUUGCCUUUUCCUCCUCAUCAUCCACACUCCUCACUGGAGAGCUGGACCAGGGAACCAGUAACACUUGGACCAUUCCCUGGACUGUCUGCCCUGCCUCAACCUCCACAGACCAGAGGAAGAGGAAGCUAGUGUGUUCUCUGGCUGCUCUUUCUCUUCUUCCUUGAGAGGUUUCCCCACCAGGGCCGAGUAGCACCCUUACCUGCAGCACCAGCCAGCUGCUUACAGCCCCCACCCCCCAUCCUGGUGGCUAGAGACAGUCUCCCAGUACACCUGUUCAGAAGCAUGCUGGGCAGAUAUCCUGGGUGCAUCCUGGCUUCCACUCACCUGCCCCAGGAAGCACUAGACCUCCCAGAUGCAAACUCUCCCUGGCAAAGUGCUGGCUUUGCAACAAGCAUUCUCACAGGACACAGAAAGACAGAAGUGGUUGUGGCAAGUAGGGCCACAGGUGCUCCAGGUCAGGUCUCAGAGGGUUGGGCUGGGGCUUCAUGCCUGCCCUGGGGACCAGUGGCCAAAGUAGGAGGGGAGACAGGGAACAUGUGUGGGUGAGCACAUGGACUGGAGUUACAGGAGCUGACCAGAGGGGCCUUGUUAAUCAGACACAGCUAUAGGUGUGUGCUGACUCACACAGGUAUGCACCUAGCUGCUGAGGAGCAGAGUGUGUGGUGUGAAUAUAAGAGAGAAGAGGGGGGGUGUGCAUGCUAGCAGGUCUGUUAGGUGGAUUCAUUCAUUAAACAAGCUUUUUUUGAGUGCCUUAUAGGCGCCAGGUGUGGCUGCAGGCACUGGGAGGGAAUAAUGCAUGGAGCCACCGAGAGGAAUGGGUGCUGUGUAAGCACCCCUACCUACAGCUCAGUUCACAGCCUCCCUUUCCUGGGAGGGCCCAGUCACAGACACCCCCCCCCCACCAGAAGACAGGACAUUCUGAUCUGGGUGAGCCUGGCUGCCUCCUCCUCAGUGCAAAGGACUUUCUUGCCACCCAGGAACAUCUGUCUUUCAGGGCUGGUUAGGUGGGUGGGGAUUAAUGUGCAGGUGGCACUGGCACUUGAACCACUCUGCACAUAGGGGACAGUGUAGUGGUCUUGGGCAUACCUACUCUAUGGAAAAAGCUUCCAUACCUGUUGGGGCUCCUCACCAGGGCCAUGGUGACUGUGAAGGAGCCAGACCAGGACAUGCGCAUAGGCAAGUCCCUGGCAUUCACCAGGCAGUGGCUGUGGCAGCUGAGCCCAGCUGCUUACCCAAGGCUCUGUCCCUCCACUUACCUCCCCAACCCCCAGGCUUCACAACGUCACCUCCAGGAACUCUUCAAUCUUUUUUUGUUUUCUGGAGAAGAAAGGUGAUUUCUCUGGUUCCUGGGGUUCUGUCUUCUGCCCCCACAACUGGGUUAGCUUCCAGUGCCCCCCCAUACCUGUCACAUCCGUCUCCCCUCCCACACUCGUUAGUGCCAGCAUCUGUCGAGAUGCUAUAUCUCUUUUUGCCAACUCCUCCUCCCUGGUCCUUUCCUUGGGACCCUAGAGCUUCAUCCAUUUCCCGCCCACUGGGCUAAUCCUCUUCAGCUGUGGGAGGGAACCGGAAGGAUGUCCUCCCUGGAUUUGGCUGGCUUUCCUGGCGUCCGGGUCAGUGGAGCCCCCACCGGCUUCGCCGAGGCAGAGUCACGGGGGCUGGCUGUGACCUAGGGCCUGGACGCUGUUCCACUCCUAGUGAGCGCCUUUCCUUCCGAGAUUGAUCCCCAGCUCCCCAGGCUCUAGACACACCGCACAAGCUUCCAGCUGGUUCUAGGACCAGGACGCCCUCCAGUCUCAACAGGACUCAUAAUCUCUGGGCAACCUCCUUCCCACCGCCAGACCUUCAACUCGCAGCUGGGUUCCCCUCAGGCGUCUAGCCCGUGAGACUGUCAGAGGCAACGCGUCUCCCAGAACUAGGAUGUGCGUUCCACGGAGGCAGGGCCCGCCUGUCCCCUCCUAGGGGUCUCUAGAGCCCAGAACAGGCACCAAAUAACCGUCUGUCCACAGAGUAGGCCGACGGAGCCGACUGUCGCAGGUUUCAGGCAGGAAAAGGGGGUAGAAUCUGCCAGGGUCCUCGCUCACACGGAACCCGCGGGAGGGGAGCUGAGGCGGAGUCGAACUCGCGACGCACCGGCCACUUCCGGCGUCUAGCCUCGGCCUGCGGUAGGCACCGGGCCGGUCGACUACCGCACGCCCCUAACUUCGGGCCAGGGCGUGAGGGUCUCAGACCCUAGCGCUAAGACCCUGAGCCGCGUGUCCCGCAGCCAUGGAACAGGAUGACCCGGCCGAGGCGCUGACGGAGCUGCGCGAGCGGCGGCUGGGAGCGCUCGAGCUGCUGCAGCUGGCAGCAGGCUCAGGCCUGGUGGCCUACGUGACCUGGGCGCUGCUGCUACAGCCAGGUUUCCGUCGCGUGCCGCUGCGGCUGCAGGUGCCCUACGUUGGUGCCAGCGCACGGCAGGUCGAGCAUGUGUUGUCGCUGCUGCGAGGCCGCUCUGGAAAAAUGGUGGAUCUGGGAUCCGGCGACGGCAGGGUGGUACUGGCGGCCCACAAGUGUGGCCUCCGACCGGCUGUGGGCUAUGAGCUGAACCCGUGGCUGGUGGCACUGGCAAGGCUGCACGCCUGGAAGGCCGGCUGUGUUGCCAGUCUCUGCUACCGCCGUGAGGACUUUUGGAAGGUGAGCCUGAAGGACUGCCACAACGUGUCUGUGUUCCUGGCCCCCAGCGUGCUCCCACUGCUGGAGGACAAGCUGCAGGCAGAGCUGCCCCUAGGUGCUCGGGUGGUCUCUGGGCGCUUUCCCCUCCCCACCUGGAAGCCUGUGGCUGUGGUGGGCGAGGGUGUGGACAGAGUCUGGGCCUAUGACAUCUGUGGUAGUGGGCUGACUGGGAAAGCCAUCUCCUCCCGGGGGAUGCCCAUCAAGGCUGGCCCAGGACCUGGUUCCAUUUUGGUUCCAGGAGCCCCUAUUUCUCAGGCUGGUUAAUUCCAGACAAUAAAGAGACUGUGGAUUCUA